GAGAACUGGUUCAAUUACUUAUUUAUUUAUACGCCUUUUAUAAUUGAACGGCAUUGCAGGUUGAGGAGUCCAUGGUCAAGUGUUUUGAAGUAUACCAUCCUAACAUCAAAACUACUGAUACAAUAUCAAUAGUUUGUUCUUUUCAGUUAUUGUGUUUAGUCCUGAAAAGGUUUAUAAUUGUAUUUCUGUGUUGUCCCACACUUAAUUCAAAGUCUUGUUUUUUAAUCUGGAUACACCAUGGAAGUUCAAGAUGUUCAGUUGUUUGUUUAUUUAUAUAUUUAUUAAGAAAUGUGACCCAGGUCUUUGUUUAUUUAUAGAAGACGCUUAUCCCUAGCGAGCAAAAAAACGAGUGUGUGAACGCAGAAUUGCGCUUGAUGAACAUGUCUCUACCUAUGAUUGUUAAAUUGACGAAAAACACGUUUGGGUGAUGACUUCAUACUCGAAACACCAAGGAUUUAGCGAGAGCCCAUCGGGGGCAUACGCACUGCACACGGAGUGUGUGGUCGGGCGUGAUCAUUUGGGGUGGGUGGGGCAGAAAAAAAUAAACAACGGAUCCAUCACCCAUGGGAGCAAGCUAUACAGUAGGUGGCGGUACUAAGGACUGAACGGUACUAAGGACAUUAAACAAGACAAGAUGAAGAAGAUGUAAAUUGCAUGUGAGAAGUGGCUUUGUGUCAGAGCGGUGGAUAAUCACAAAGAGGUAAGCCGUAUUUAGGUUUUAAGUUUAUUAUUAUUCCUUAAAUUAACUAUUUCAAAAUAUAACAGUUAGUCUAGGAGCGUCGCCAUGAGCUAAUUAUUUGUACCAGGUUUAACAUGUUCGGUGGAGAAAAUGCAAUAGAGUUUCAUAUCUCCAUAAAGUUCUGUUAAGACCAUCGGUAAGCUUCAUAUGGGGAAUACUGUGGAUUUAACUUUUUAAAACUAUUAAAAUUAUGUUGCGAUGUAAUGUUGCAAUCAUAUGCAAAGCCAGAGGGCGCCCUCUCAGAGUAAGACCCAAAUCGAUAUAUAGAAGUAGGCAAAUUCUACCGGUAAAAGCCUUGUGUGGUUAAACGCAUUCAGCUGUCGCGAUGUUGUCUUGUUCUGCAAUCCAUCUCAUGUUUAUAAGAAUAUAGUAUAUUUAUAAUGCGAUGUCAAAUGCACAGUAUGUUAAGGCACUUUAUUAAAAUCAUACAUUUGAACUUAAUUAGAAUUAUAACUUGAUUAGAUUUGUUGCUGUCAUUUGGUUAUUAAAAAUGAGUGAACAAUUUCAUGGAAAGCCAAAACAUGAAACGUUUAAAACUAUGUUUUCAUUAUGAUUGUGAUUACUUCAAACUGAAGCAGUCAGAGUUGUUUUAAAUGAGACAACACAACAAUUAGGACACUAGUCGGAAGGCACAAUCAACUAUAUCUAUUUUAAUUUGGUAUUGCUUGGGUUUGUGUUUACAAUCAAGUGCAGGUAUACAGAUUCAUCUUUUGAUGUCUGUGGUUCAAAUACCUUAAUUAACUGAAAUUAUAACUAUUUAAAGGCCUUAAUUCAAUAUGCUUAUAAUUUUACAAAAACUUUAAAAUUGUGACAUCUUUAUAUUUAAGAGGUGUGUCUACCUCUCCAAGCUAUGUUUUACAAUUUCUAAUAUGUAACUUUUUUUGUUUACAGAUCAUUUUGAGGCUCCUUGUUGCAGCAUCUCUAUGACAGCAUGGACCCUGCAGCACUUAGAGUACUUAUUGCACUGGAAAUCAGGAAGUUAAUUCUUCCCUCAGGAAUCCCAAAUACGUUGGAUGAACUUAAGAAGGCUGUUAAGGGGGCAUAUAAUAUCACAGAAGAUUUCUCUCUUCAGUAUAAAGAUUCUGACUUUAAUGACUUCUUUACCCUUACGUCCACUGACCAAAUUCAGCACAAGGACACAAUCAAAGUUGUAUUCCCUGCUCCUAUCAUUCUAACACUGUUUGCUGAAAAUGAAGAAAACAUCACUGCAAGUACAUCUUUCUCAGCAGAUGAAGUAUCCUCUAUUUCCUCUACUGCAUGUUCAGUUGAUGACGCUGUCCCAUGUGAAUCCACAUCCUAUGGGGAAACAGUCAUUCUUUCCCCACAAACUACCCCAGAGAGGAUGCCAUGGCCUCAAGAGUUCCCCCUUUCCAAGUUUUUCUCCGGAAAUAGAGAUUCUGGUCAAAAAGGCUAUGGAGGAUUACAACAGACAUGGCAGCCUUCUAAAUGUCCAAAUUGUGAAGAAGGAUGUAAUGGACCAUUUAGUUAAGGCUAUUUACAUGUACACAUCAUAUCCUUCUGGAAAGCAGAUUGAAGGUGUGGCCGAAGCACUUAUCCGAAAAUACCCAUGUUUGAAGGAACCAGGCUCUUUCACAGGGUUUCAAGGCUGGCAAAUGAGCCUGAAGUACAAAAUGGCUGAUUACAGAAGACGACUCAGCAAAUUUGGUUUUCCUGAAGUUUUAUGUAACACAUUUAAGAAGAAGAACCCUGAGGACAGGAAGUCAGCGAAAAGUGUCAAAAAACCUUGUAAGGCAGAAGUUAAUUAUCUACCGCAAUACCCACCAGGUGAAAACCAGGACAGUUUGGAGCAAGAGAGAGUUCUACUGCUGACUGAAGUGAAAAAAAAGAAUAAUACUAUUGUGGUGAAAGACAAAAUGUCAAGAACUUUUGCUCUACGAAGACAUGAGGUGAUUGAACUGUGUCCUAGUGUUGCAGAAAUCAAAGAUCGCUGGCCUGCUCUGUUUGAUGUUCUCCAGUUUAAACUAAGAAUUUAGGAGAAUCACCACUCUGCACCUAGAAUCAAUAUUUAUGAAAAUGUUGGACCUCUACACUCCUAAACUUUUGGCAGUAUUUACUAGCAGAGGGGGAGCACUAGGCUGGAAUUUGAAGAAGAAAAUGGAUGCCCUG